AUGGGUUAUACAAAGGUUUUUGGAUGGAAUGUACAUGCGGUGUAUAGCCAAGGAACAUAUUCAAGAGCAUGGGGUAUGGACAUUAUUGGUCCUUUUGUACCUCCAUCUUCAGUAGGAUAUCGAUACAUUCUAGCUGCUACUAACAAUUUCUCAAAAUGGGCAGAGGCCGUGGCUUUAAAGGAUAUAAAAAGCACAGUUGUUUCCGAGUUCAUCCGAACCCAUAUCAUUUACAGGUUCGGAAUUCCAGAAAGUGUCAUCAUGGAUAAUGGACAGCCGUUCAGGAGUGAUGCUUUGAACAAGUUAUUUGCCAAGUACAAAAUCAAAAACAACCAUUCAUCAAGAUAUCAUGCACAUGCCAAUGGUUUGGCAGAAGCUUUCGACAAGACAUUGUGCAAAAUUCUCAAGAAGAUGGUGGAUAAGAACAAAAGAGCUUGGCACGAAAAGUUACAAGAAGCUUUAUGGGCUUAUCGGACUUCGCACAGAACCCCUACUCAAGCAACCCCUUAUUCGUUAGUUUUUGGAGGAGAAGCAGUGUUACCACUGAGGUUCAAAUACCAUCAUUGCAAGUGGCAAUACAAGAGUCCUUAA